UCCGGCCCUGCACGUGGCGCAGAGAAAGCAGAUGCUUUACGUGCGCCGUAUGGUCAAGCUCGACGGGAGAUGUUGGCAACGGAGUAGCUCACCGUGUUCGUGAUCGUGCAGCGGAUCCCGUGGUGGUGUCGAGGAGGGAGGGAGAUGUGCGAGUGCAAGAUGGGGGGAGGAGGCGGCGCGGGAUCGGGACCACGAGCCGAAGGACGACAGGCGGAUUCGCUGAUGUCACUCGGUCGGCGUCCGAUGGAGUAGACGGAGGCGGAGGAAGAAUACACGGAUCUCGUCUCUGGCUGCCACUUUCAAUCCCCUCGCCACCGAAGCGAAACGAGAACGGAAACGGAAACGGAAGUCGUUGGAUAAGCGUCACGCGAUGAUGCUACUGGUCGAGCUCUCGCUCCUCUGCGCCGCCGUCGCCUCCGCUUCGGACGGCGGUGGCGGCAGCCGGAGGGUCCUCCACCAGCCGCUGUACCCCGUCCAGUGGACACCCCCGCCGCCGCCACAGGAAUUCUUGGACCCGCCUCCGGACACCUCUGAAGCGGCCGCCACCUCCUCCGGGCCAUCCGCAUCGUCGGCGUCCAAGAAGGUCGUCGCUGUCGCGGCGUCCGCCUCCGGGGUCGCCCUCGUGGUUCUGGUUUUGUUGGGGUUGUUCUUGUACCGACUCCGGAGGGCUGAUAGGUCACCGGACGCCGGGAAGGUCAUGGGCCGAGAUGAUAGCGGCGGCCGGUGGGAAGGCCGGCCCGCCUCUUCCGAGGCGGCGCAGGACUUGCUCUACCCCGGUACCACGGACAUGGUGUCUACGGAGGCUUCGGGGUGGCGGCAGGGCAGCGAAUCCAACGGAUCGCCCUAUCGGAAACUCGGGUUGGAGCGGAUGCUGGAAAUGCAUCAUCCGAGCCCCGAGCUCCAGCCGCUUCCUUCGUUGACCGCGACGGCUUCGCGGGAGUUGAUCGUUCCUCUGUCGAUGGCGUCCUCUGAUGAGGACACCUUCUAUACUGCGCAGCGGUCGUUGGCGUCCGCCACUAGCGAGAGCCCAGGUAGCCCAGUCUCGCGGCGGAGCCUCCCGAGUAUGAGCAGCGGCGGGAAGGAGUUCUUGGUUUUGGCGGCGGCGGAGGCGGACUCUGCUCCUCGCUCCAUGCAGCUCACUACUUACUCGAAAGCUGAAGUCAGACAGAUAAUCCCACCAAUGAAACAACAACCUCCACCACCGGCGCCGCCCCCUCCACCACCUCCUCCCACGAUAGACAAAUUCACCAGAAAUCCACGACCCCCUCCGCCACCGCCGCCGCCGCCACCACCUGUCGAAGCCGUGGAGCAAGACGAACAGCCAAUUAAAGCUCCUGUGGCACCAAUUGCGCCAUUUUCCAGGCGUCGAUUGCUGAAUCCUCUUCCUCCUGAAGCAGCACGGUUCAACAUACCACUUCCUCCUGCGAAGGUCGGCAACGAAGUCGCUAGUUCUUCACGGCAAAUUGAAGAGGCGAGGGAGGAUUUGGAGGGUGAUGCAAAGCCCAAGUUGAAGCCUCUACACUGGGACAAAGUUAGAGCGAGCUCCGAUCGAGCAAUGGUCUGGGACCAAUUGAAAUCAAGCUCAUUUCAAGUGAAUGAGGAUGUGAUUCAGACGCUGUUUGUCAACAACACCACAGCUUCUGUUCCUAAAGAUGCAAGCAGAAGACAGGGAAUUCUGCCAUUCAAGUGGGAGAACAGAGUGUUAGAUCCGAAGAAGUCGCAGAAUAUUGCAAUACUCUUGAAGGCAUUGAAAGUGACAACAGAUGAGGUCUCCGAAGCACUAUUGGAUGGUAAUCCCGAGUGUUUAGGAGCUGAGCUUUUGGAAACUUUGGUUAAGAUGGCACCGACUAAGGAGGAAGAACUAAGAUUACGUGGCUACACAGGUGACGUUUCUAAGCUAGGUUCGGCCGAGCGCUUUCUAAAAGCAGUGUUGGACAUACCAUUUGCCUUCAAAAGAGUUGAUGCACUGCUCUACAGAGCUACUUUUGAGACAGAAGUCAACUAUCUAACGAAAUCUUUUGAGACCUUAGAGGCAGCAUGUGAAGAUCUAAGAAGCAGUGGACUAUUCCGUAAGCUCUUGGAAGCUGUUCUGAGGACUGGAAACAGGAUGAAUGUGGGAACCAACCGCGGUCAGGCGAAAGCCUUCAAGCUAGAUACUCUUCUAAAACUCGCAGAUGUGGAAGGGACUGAUGGAAAAACCACACUUCUGCAUUUUGUCAUGCAAGAGAUCAUGCGGUCGGAAGGAUCAGGUACUGAACCAACAGCAGAGAGUCUCUCUGACAAGGUCAGAGAAGAACAAUUCAAGAAACAAGGCUUGAAAGUGGUGGCUGGGUUGAGCAGUGAACUCGGAAAUGUCAGGAAGGCAGCUGGAAUGGACUCGGAUGUGCUCAGUGGUUAUGUCUCCAAGCUAGAAAUUGGGCUUGAGAAGAUAAGGUCAGUUUUACAGCUUGCAAAAUCAUGCACACAAGGUAUGAAUUUUUAUGAGUUGAUGAAGAAAUUUCUUGAAGAGGCCGAAAGGGAGAUUGAUCGUGUUAAGGUCGAGGAAAAGAGGGUGAUGAGCCUAGUAAAGGAGACUACGGAAUACUUUCAUGGGAAUGCAGCAAAGGAGGAAGCCCACCCUCUCAGAAUAUUUACGGUGGUAAGGGACUUCCUCUCAGUGCUAGAUAAUGUCUGCAAGGAAGUGGGCAUGUUGCACGAGAGGACGGUAGUCGGAUCAGCUAGGUCCUUCCAUACAUCUGCAAGUGCUUUGCGUCCAGUCCUCCGACGGUGGGGUCAAGAUGCCAAUUCAGAUGAGGACAGUUCAUAAAACCAUGAGAGAUGAUCAACUUAUGUUUCUCGAUCGUAUGCGAAGACAAUCGGGUGAUAAGGAAUGCAGUAAUCUGGCAAUCGAAAAGGUGACCAAAGCAGGUGAAAAAUAAGUUAAAAUUGGCAGGCACAAUAUAUACAGAAGAAUAAGCGAUGCCUUUUGAGGAAGGCAUCAUCGUAACGUAUAUUACAUAGAUCGAAGUUUACAGGAGCAGAGAGUAUCAUCAGAGGAUAGAUUAGGGUUUGAUCUACUUGCCAAAUGAUAGAAAUAUAGAACUUUGUGUUUUGUUUCUUGUACAGGUCUCUUCUCUUCGAUAGUUGUAUCACAUACUUCUCUUCUUGCCUAUACGUUUUGAGUUGGAGAGCGAGAGGAUCAUCUCUCUCUAUGUAAAUCUUACAGUGAAGAGAAAAGGAAGCCUCCUGUUCU